AUGGCCACACGUCAAAUUCGAAAAUUCGACAGUUCUUCAAUCAUGUCCCCGGCAUUGUUGCGACAUCAAAAGUCGCGCGUUCUGGUGGUUGGUGGAGGACCCGUGGGCUUAGUCACUGCUUUCUUGCUCCAAAAACUUUAUAAUGUGCCUACGCGCGUGGUGGAGCGCCAGCGCAAUCCCACAUUGCAUCCACAAGCGCACUUUAUCAACCUGCGGACGAUGGAAUUGCUUUACGCUACGAUACCAAGCUUUCAUGAUCGUCUGCUAGCUAAAGCGGCACCUAGUUGUUUGGCAAGUUGA